AUGAGUUGGCAUGAAAAGAAAAUGUAUAUAGCUUCAAUGGUGGAUAAGACACCUACAACUAGAAAAACUAAGAACUCAAAUUCAAGGCGCAGUGACACCAAAGUUUACUAUUUAAAAGUAAACGAUAAAAAGGAAAGAGUUUGCUUAAAAACAUUUUUGGAAACAUUGGGCAUAAAAGAAUGGACAGUUCGAUAUUGGCUAGGAGAGAAGACGACUAUCGACAAUGAAUCUGAACCAAGUGCUGUAGUAGCCACAGAAACAAAAAAAGAAUCAGCCAGAAAAUACUUGAUGGCGCUACCGAAACUACCGUCUCAUUACUGUAGACAAUCUACUUCAAAGCUAUAUUUAGAACCCAUCAUACAAACAAAAUCACAAUUGUAUGGUCUAUAUGUAGACUACUCAGUUUCGCGAAAUGAACCUGUGGCCUCUAGGAAGGUAUUUGAAGGGGUUUUAUUCGAAGAGAACAUGAGUCUAUUUCAACCAAAGAAAGACGCAUGCGACCAGUGCUGCGCUCACAAAGCAGGUAACAUGUCAGAUGAGCAGUAUAUAAAACAUAUUGAGCUAAAAGACUUAGCUAGAAUUGAAAAAACCCUUGACAAAGAAGCAGCACGGAAAGGGACGAUACAUGCAUUAACAGCAGAUCUUCAAGCAAUCAAAUUGUGUCCUUCACUCAACGCCAGUGCACUAUAUUUUAAGACAAAACUUGCCGUCCACAACUUUACAAUUUACAACCUGGGAACUAAUGGAGUCGCGUGUUACUGGUUCGACGAGACGGCAUGCGACUUAAAAGCUACUACAUACGCAUCAUUUCUUGUAGAUUAUUUAACUAAAUUACUGGAAAAUGAUCCAAAGGAUGUAGUAUUGUUCACAGAUGGCUGCACAGCCCAGAAUAGGAAUAAUAUUGUGUCGAAUGCGUUGUUGCGUUUGGCCAUGGCCAAGAACAUAGUUAUAACUCAAAAAUACUUGGAAAAGGGCCACACUCAGAUGGAAGUCGAUUCGGUGCACUCGGUGAUCGAAAGAAAAUUGAAAAAUCGAGAAAUAUUUCUACCCUCACAAUACGCAACAAUCACGAAGGAGGCCAGAAAAGUGCCGAGUCCUUACCGGGUUAUUACUCCUGAUCAUACAUUUUUUAAAAAACUUUGCUCAUAA